AUGUCCAAACAAACACAUUUCAACAUUUGCAUUGUUGGUGGAGGCAUGAUUGGAAAUGCCCUUGCCAAUACACUAGCAAAAGCCAGAUACACUAAUCAAUUAAAGAUUGCCAUGAUCAAUCCUGCUGUUUCUACAAAUAAUAAUAUUUUCGGAACGGGAAAUUCAGUUGGUAUUAGAACUAGUGCUCUUACUGGUACUUCAAUGAAAUUAUUGGAGAAAAUUCAGGAUAAAAACAAGGAAAUUCCCAUGACCAAAUAUUAUGGUAUGAAGGUUUGGGAUCAAGAUGGAAAUUUCUUGAAUUUAGAUCCAAAGGAAAAUGAAUUCGGAGUGAACUCUCCAUUUUCAAAGACUGCCAAUACAAGUGAUAAUGUAAUUUUGAAAUCUUUAUCAUCCAUUGGAAAUCAAGUAUUUAAAGUUGGACAAUCCAUUAAUGAUGGACUUGUUAAGAGAGGAGUUGGAUUUUCAAAUGUUGUUUCGGAGCGAAAGGAUGAUGUUAUUGGAUCUAUUGUCGAUAACAAUGAUGUUGUUUUCAGCUUGAUGGAAGCCUCCAAAAAGCUCGACUCAAUUUCACUCUUUGAUCGAUCCGAAUUGAAAGCAAUUUCAGAUGGUCAAAACCCAAACACCAAAAAAUUGAUCAUUCAAACCACUACCGAAGGAAAUGAGAAAUUGAACGAAGAAAUUACAUGUGAUUUGUUGAUUGCUGCAGAUGGUGCUACCUCAUUUGUGAGACAAUUCUGUAACUUUCCCUUUUACUCUGUCAAGUACAAGCAACGCGCGUUUGUCACGAACGUUUACGUAGAUACAGAUAGCGUUCCAUGUACAGGCAAGAAUACAUAUUGCUAUCAACAAUUCCUUGCGGAUGGACCCAUCGGUAUGCUUCCAACCAAGCAAAACAAUGUAAAGAAUAUUAUUUGGUCCACUGACCCUUCUCGGGCAAUUGCAUUAGAGGCUGCUUACAAGUCAGGAAAUCAACAAAAGGUACUCGAAGAGAUGAAUUCAAUUUUCAGCAAAUUGAGAAUUGUUCCUCGAAUCUUGACAGAAAAAUCAGAAAUAGUUCAAUAUUUCCCUGCUGGUAGCUUCCCUCUUCAAAGACUAAAUUGCAAAGAGUAUGUGCAACCUGGAAUUGCGCUCGUUGGAGAUGCUGCUCAUUGUUGUCAUCCAAUGGCUGGUCAGGGAGUGAAUAUGGGAUUUGUGGAUGUCAUUCAACUUGUUAAGGCAAUUCAAAAGAGUGUUAAAUCAGGCUCGGUGAUUGGAGAUUAUUCAAUUCUCAAGACAGAAUAUGAACAAAUUCAAUAUCGAAGAAAUGAGCUCUAUCUAGAUGGUCUUGAUGCUAUUAAGGGAAUAUUUGAAGUUGAAAGCCAAAACGAUAUUUUGAAGGGACUUGGAAUUGCUGGUCUUGCAAGAAAAAUUGGUAUGGAUGUCAUCAAUUCUAAUCCAUUGAAUUUAAAGAAUGCCCUCAUUGGAACUGCUAUGGCUGUCGAUGUUGACAUGUCACAUAUUAACUCUAUUGAAAAUUAA